AAUCCUAUGAGUUCUCUCUCCUCUCUCUCUCUAGACUCUGGCUCUGCAAAUCUGAGCUUCGAUUGUAAAGCGGAAAUGGAGAGAUUGCCAGCAGAUUUGUGUCUAAAGAUCUUCUGUUUGUUGGAUCACCAGAGCCUUUCAACUGCUCAUCAAGUUUGCAGGAAGUGGAAAGUUAUGGCCUCAGAGAACAUUUUAUGGUCUAAUUUAUUCGAAGAGAGAUGGGGCAGCGAUAAUGCGGUGUUCUAUGCUCCUGUAGAUUCAAAAUCAUGGAAGGAUGUGUAUGUGGUGCAAGAUCGGUGCGAUCGAGUCGGAUUGGGACUGAAGAUAAUCAGAGAAGGUAUUGACUACUAUCUUGUACACCAAGGUGAAAUUCAACGCCAUUUGGGUUCAAGAAGACAGCGAGAGGUAACAAAUGGGUGUUCAAUGAGUUCGGAAAUAGACAUUCCCGGAGAAGCAACUUUGGAAGAUGAAGAACCACCUUGUUUAGGAAUUCUGGACAAAAUACUCUUUUUCAUUGGGGACUUGGAAGCUGCUUCAGUAUAUCCCAACUACGCAAAACGUCGCCGGGUGCUGUAAAUGUUUCUGUGCUUCUUUUUGCCAAGAAUGUUGAAGUAAUUUCUCUGUUUGUAACAUGAUGUAAUUUCUGUCUGUAACAUGAGACCUCCUGGCCUGGUUACGGUGGUUUUGAUAUUUACUCGUAUUAUUUUGUCUAUAUGUAUGCUGUAAUAUGACAACUUGAUUUUGAUAUUUAUUCGUGAUAACAGACUUUCUCUUCUGUUCA